AUGAUGUCCAUGAACAGCAAGCAGCCCCACUUCGCCAUGCACCCCACCCUCCCCGAGCACAAGUACCCGUCGCUGCACUCCAGCUCCGAAGCGAUCCGGAGAGCGUGUCUCCCGACGCCGCCGCUGCAGAGCAAUAUCUUCGCCAGCCUGGACGAGACGCUGCUGGCGCGGGCCGAGGCGCUGGCGGCGGUGGACAUCGCCGUGUCCCAGGGCAAGAGCCACCCGUUCAAGCCGGACGCCACCUACCACACCAUGAACAGCGUGCCGUGCACCUCCACGUCCACCGUGCCGCUGGGGCACCACCACCACCACCACCACCAUCACCACCACCAGGCGCUGGAGCCCGGCGACCUGCUGGAGCACAUCACCUCGCCCUCGCUGGCGCUCAUGACCGGCGGCGGGGGCCACGAGGGGGCGGGCGGCGGCGGCGGAGGAGGAGGCGGCGGCGGCGGCGGCGGCGGCGGGGGGCUGAUCUCCACCUCGGCGCACCCGCACUCGCACAUGCACGGCCUGGGCCACCUGGCGCACCCGGCGGCCGCGGCGGCCAUGAACAUGCCCUCGGGCCUGCCGCACCCGGGCCUGGUGGCGGCGCACCACGGCGGCGCGGCGGGCCAGGCGGCGGCGGCGGCGGCGGCGGCGGUGGGCGCGGCCGGCCUGGCCUCCAUCUGCGACUCGGACACGGACCCGCGCGAGCUGGAGGCCUUCGCCGAGCGCUUCAAGCAGCGGCGCAUCAAGCUGGGCGUGACGCAGGCCGACGUGGGCUCGGCGCUGGCCAACCUCAAGAUCCCCGGCGUGGGCUCGCUGAGCCAGAGCACCAUCUGCCGCUUCGAGUCGCUCACGCUGUCGCACAACAACAUGAUCGCGCUCAAGCCCAUCCUGCAGGCCUGGCUGGAGGAGGCCGAGGGCGCCCAGCGCGAGAAAAUGAACAAGCCCGAGCUCUUCAACGGGGGCGAGAAGAAGCGCAAGCGGACUUCCAUCGCGGCGCCCGAGAAGCGCUCCCUCGAGGCGUACUUCGCCGUGCAGCCGCGGCCCUCCUCCGAGAAGAUCGCCGCCAUCGCCGAGAAAUUGGACCUCAAAAAGAACGUGGUGCGGGUUUGGUUUUGCAACCAGAGACAGAAGCAGAAAAGGAUGAAAUUUUCCGCCACCUACUAA